CUCUCUCUCUCUCUAGACCCAUUCAUAUUUAAUCCAGUAAAACUCAUUUUCCGUCGACGUUCCUGCACAUCAAAAAUUCCACUUUCUCUCUCUCUUAACUUUCCUCCCAAACACUUGCAAGAACAAAAGAAAGACUCAGUUUUGAUUUCUGGGUUUUUAAGAUGACUGUGGAACAAGAUUUUGUAGCCUUGGACCAGUUUCCUGUCGGAAUGAGAGUUCUUGCCGUUGAUGAUGACCAGACUUGUCUUCGAAUCCUCGAAACUUUGCUUCAUCGUUGCCAAUACCAUGUUACUACGACGAACCAAGCACAAAAGGCUCUAGAGUUAUUGAGAGAGAACAAGAACAUGUUUGAUCUGGUUAUUAGCGAUGUUGACAUGCCUGACAUGGAUGGUUUCAAACUGCUUGAGCUCGUUGGUCUUGAAAUGGACCUACCUGUCAUAAUGUUAUCUGCGCAUAGCGAUCCAAAGUAUGUGAUGAAAGGAGUUACUCAUGGAGCUUGUGACUAUCUACUGAAACCGGUUCGUAUUGAGGAGCUGAAGAACAUAUGGCAACAUGUGGUGAGAAGCAAAGGACUUGACAAGAACCGUGGGAGUAAUAACGGUGACAAGAGAGAUGGAUUAGGUAAUGAAGUUGCUGCAAAUUCUGAUCAGAACAAUGGGAGAGCGAACAGGAAACGUAAAGAUCAGUAUAAUGAAGACGAGGAAGAGGAGAGAGACGAUAACGAUGAUUCAUCGGCUCAGAAGAAGCCUCGUGUUGUUUGGACUGUCGAGCUUCACAAGAAAUUUGUGGCAGCGGUUAACCAAUUGGGAUUUGAUAAGGCAAUGCCUAAAAGGAUUCUUGAUCUGAUGAAUGUUGAGAAGCUCACUAGAGAGAAUGUGGCUAGUCAUCUUCAGAAAUUCCGUCUUUACUUGAAGAGGAUUAGUGGUAAUCAACAAGCAAUGAUGGGACACUCUGACGUACAUUUCUUGCAAAUGAGUUCUUCUCUUGGUGGACUUGACGGUUACCACCACCGCCAAAUCCCUGUUGGAACCUCUCAGUUCCACGGUGGAGCCACCGCGAUGAGAUCUUUCCCACCAAAUGGGAUUCUUGGCCGGCUCAACACUCCUUCAGGGAUCGGUGUCCGCAACCUUUCUUCUCCUCCUUCCGGGAUAUUCUUGCUAAACCAAACCGAUAUUGGAAAGUUUCACCAUGUCUCAUCACUUCCACUAAACCACAGUGAUGGAGGAAAUAUACUUCAAGGGCUACCAAUGCCUUUAGAGUUCGACCAGCUUCAAACAAACAGCAACAUUAGAAACAUGAACAAUAACAACAACAACAAGAGCAUCUCCGGGAACUCAAUGGCAUUUCCUAGCUUCUCAACACAACAAAGCUCUCUCAUCGGUGCGCCUAAUAACAAUCUCUUGGUUCUUGAAGGUCAUCCACAAGCAUCUCCUCAAGGCUUCCCUGGACACCAGAUCAAUAAACGUUUAGAACAUUGGUCAAACGCUGUAUCUUCCUCCUCGACUCUCCCUCCUCCUGUUCAGAACAGUAACAAUAGCAUCCAUCAUCAGUUCGAUGUGUCCCCAUUACCGCAGCAUUCUAAACCUGACUCUUUGGAAUGGAACAAUGGCCCAACAAGCUAUUCUAUCCCGUUCUGUGACUCUGCAACUGCAUUGAGUCCAGGCUUGGAUACAAAUCCUCGAGCAUUUUGCAGAAACAUAGACUUCAAUUCAAAUGCAAACGCACAACCUGGAGGAGGCUUCUAUGAUUCGUUGCAGAUGAGGCAAUACGGUCCAAACACAGAUGCUAUCUUGAGUAGUAACCCAAAGGAAGGAUUCAUCGUGGGGCAGCAAAAGUUACAGAGUGGAUUCUUGGUUGCAGAAGCUGGUUCUUUAGAUGAUAUAGUCAACUCCACGAUGAAGCAGGAACAGAGCCAGGGAGAUUUGUCUGGAGGAGAUUGGGAUAUGGAGGCUUUAGCUCACUCAGAACAUGCAUAUGAGAGACAACAUUUAGACAUAAAGUCAAAAAACAUCUUGUGAUUGCUUUUGUCUUAUUCUUUUCUCAUAUUUUCUCUGUAAGGAAACUGUAAACUAAUUUUUUUUUUUUAAAACUUUUUUUUGCUUUCCCUUUGGUUAUAGCAAUUAGAACUUCAAAGAAAUAAUAAUAAAAAAAAAUUCAUAAAUAACUUUUCCUUAUCUAUUGGUAAUGGAUUCAUUAAUGGUUGAGGUUUUUAAUGUGGUGCAUGGAAAUUCAUUUUGGCAUGUUUGUAGGCGGGAUUUGUCCGUAGUAGAAUUGUUGUCGUAGAAUUGUUGACGUAAUAAUUCACAUAAUUUAUAAUAGAAUAAUAAGUUAAUGUUAAAAAAAAACUUUUCCUUAUCUUCGAUUUCUCUUUUUGUUAUGCUCUGCAGUUUUUGUGUCUGUAAAGAUAACCA